AUGUCUGCCCCUACGCUUCACGUUAUCUAUGCCGGUCGUGGCGAUGCUAUGAUCCUAGAACAUUCUGUCGGCAACCAGCGGAACUUUUUCCUCGUCGACGGUGGUCCAAGAAACUAUGAAUUUGGUGUCAAUACCGAAGCUCCAUAUCAUCGAUACCUUGCGUCCGCAUGCCGCGAAAUCAUGGGCGAUGGCAAAACCUUCGCUGGGGUUGUUUUCUCGCAUCCCGAUGAAGACCAUUUUGGCGGAUAUCUUCAGGCGUUGGAUGAGGAGCAAAUUCCAUUCACGGAUAAUGUCUUCAUACCAACUCCCAGUUCUGAGGCAGAGACGGCCAACGCGCGAAUACACAACCUCUGCAUUAAUAAGAAUAUGGACUCGGCAACUAUUAGUCCUCAAGAUUCACUGGGAUCAUACUUAAUCCGUCCCAUAAAGGCUCUCUUCCCAGACAUGCCAAGAAUUCUCUGGUACUAUAGAACAGCAAAUCGGCUCAUCACAGACCAGGGGGAGUACAACGAGAAUCUGUCGACAAACAAACGCAGCAUUCUGAUGUAUACCGCCAUAACUAACUCCAACAAUGAAAUGGGAAUAUUCUUUACGGGAGAUAGUCACGCCGACAUCAUCUCUCAUCACAUGUACCAACUGUUUCCGCACGAGGCGAAUCGCCGAUAUGCAAUCUACAAGAUCCAACACCACGGGAGCCGUGACGACAACAUGAAAGAUCUAUAUAAGCCGUAUUUCUCAAAGGGUGCCAGGGCCCUGAGCUUUAUCUACUUUCUUUUGAAGGUACAAAAAGGGACUGCUCAUAUGCCUUUUAUACAAAAGAGCAAGACGAUGGCCAACGCCGCGGCCACACAUCUGUCCACUCAUAUAAAGAAAUUUACCAAGAAGGAAUUUUCAGAUCUCGAGACAAAGGUGAAGCGGAUUCAGGAAACGCAACUGAAGUAUUUGUACAGGCCAGCCGAGAAUCAAUUAGUCAUUGUUGAUGCGGAUGACGACCGACCUCCGUUUCUUCCUCAUAUACAGAAGUAUUACGACGCACUCGACAAUGCGAUGAAGCCAACUGCGGGGUGGGACUAUUUCUUGACCAAGCGGGCCACUACCGAGUUCCUUACAUACAUUCAUGUCCGCAGGGCUUGCGACUUCUAUUCAUUUUUCUCUUCAGACGUGUAUGUGGUGAGCGCCAAUCGAAAGUAUUUUCACCCACGGUCUGAGACACUUGUUGGACUAGCUCUGGCAGUUCUUGAGAAGAACCGUACUGCCCGGCUGUAUGUUACCAAUGGGAAAAGCCUCGACAUGGACGAGCUUUCCAGGGUUGCCAGCGUCAUGGGUCCAGCAUCAGUUCACGAUCUUUUUUGCUCAGAGAAUCUCAGGGUCUCAUAUCUGAGUCACAGUACCUACAUGUCUCUCAGUGGCGCGUCGCAAGGCAAGAAUAGCACCAUGAUUGUGACUGAGCGUGACAUGAACGAUUCCACACAGGAGAUUCAGUUCAACGACAACGAUGCCCAGCACAGAACGGAUCUGCAUGUCCUGCUGGAACAGACCGACCCUCAUCGCGUACUCGACACUCACGAGUACCAGCUCAAGGUCUUUGCCAACUUCUCUUGGUCUUACCUUUACCUACAACAUGAUGCGAAUGGCUUCAACUGGGCCAUCUCGGAUCCCAAUAGCCCAAAGUCCGUCUGGAUAGACGAAAGAGAUAUGAAAGUCGCCAAGAAGUUCACAAUCAAUUGUCGAGCAGAAAAGUUUGGUCUCGCCUCCCGAUGGGUCACAGUUGAAUUCGUUGGUCGUGAUGCUGCGCAAGCGAACUUGUUUGGCAUCACGGAUAUCCUUUCCGGCAUGUCCUUCUUCGAAGAGAACAGCGGAUCGAUACGAUUCGACAAAAGGCCUUCCUAUGCUUUCUUAACCCAAAUACCUUAUUCUCCACCCCAAUCCACUGAGCCAACGAUGGUUUCCCGCUCUGAAAUGCCUCUUCGACAGGCAUUCGAAGUUCUUGGUGACCCAAUGAAGGACGGCAACAACCCGGAUAUUAUCGAUACGCUGAGCAGGCUGUUGCGAGACAGAGCUACUCUGAUAGCCAUAGUCGAGAGAAUUCCCGCAGUGCUUAUCAAGGCUGGAUUCACUAGCUUCAAAGCCGAUCUCGAUAAGUCCAGAGCCAUCGUCGACGCUCACCCACUUGUUGGAAAAGCUGUCGUCAGUGCCGUUCUGUAUCAACCAAUGGCUGGAAAUGGUGAACAAAACUUCUUCGAUAUCAAUAUGGCUGGACUUGACUUCGAACUGAGAAACAUAGCUAUCAAGAUUGACAAAUGCUGCUCAUCACAGGUUCAUCUCACUGUGGAAUCCGAGGCGGUCAUGAAGAGAACAGGUCUGGAGAUGAGGAUGGCUUGGAAGUCGUUAGAGAACGACACAAUCGUCUCUUUCAGUACCGGUCUUACAUCUAUCGAAGAUCUCGCCAUGGCUUUGGUCAACGAUGAGGGAAUAGUAGAGAAGAUCUUACAGGGGAAUAUUCCGUUAAAGACCAAGCCCCUCUCUGGCACUUCUGCGCCGUCCAUGGGGACUUUUCAGGGGCCUAUAAAAGAAAUCGGCUUCACUGUCCGGCAGCCCAUUGACCAAACUGAUAUGUACGAUCUAGCAGACAUCUGGGUUCGCACCGGGUUCCCAGACUGGAAGACCUUCUUACCAAUACCUGAUUCGUCGAAGGAGGUCAAGGGGGAUGUUAUUGUUCGGAUAUUGAAUCCCUUUCGCGUCAAAGCAUCAAGAAUUACAACGAGUGUGCACUUGGAUAUCCCUGUUCGAAGCGAGCCAGAAACGACAAUCACAGCCCAGUUUGACGCCAUUCCACUCACACGAUUGGGCGAUUACGACUAUCGAUUCCGGAUUACAUCUACCAGUCAUGGGGUAACCAUAUCCGAUAUUGUCAAAGUUAUUGGCCUUACCAGCUUAUCCGACAAGAUCAGCAACAUACCCUUCUUGGGUAAUGCAUUCAACUCCGUGCAAGUCAGACAGGCCGGUCUUUCUGUGGACAGGGUCAAGGGCAAGUGGGAAUUCCAAGAAUGGGACUUUGAGCUUUACGUUCCGAUCCUUGACCUUUUACCUGGCUCAUUGUCAUUGGUAGAUAUGGUUGUCAAAGUUGAAAACUUUGGAAAGCAAGAGAUCCAAGCGAAGGGAGAAGCCACCUUUCGAAGUACGGCAUUGCAGAAGGAGGUUGAGGUCUCGGUUGGCCUUCCAACGGCACAAGACCUCGGCUUCAUUGUUAUAUCGUCUCCCGACUCCCUUACUUUGGCCAAUGUAUUCUCUAUGUUUGGGCUAGGCGACUUGCCAGAAAUUCCAUUCCUAUCUGGUAGUACUGCCUUUGAGCUGUCAUACUGCGAUGCAAUGUUCAAAAAGCCUAAGGAUGGUCCCAUCACAAUGUUAGCCUCCACUGCCAAGUUUCGAGUCAAGGAGUUGGUGGUUGAACCUUUUAACAUGCAAGAUAUUGCGGUCUCGCUAUCCUGGCAACGAGGCAAAGAGAAUAACACCGAAUCAGCCGUUUCCUUUGAGCUUUCGGCCUUGCUGCUGAACAUCAACUCAGUGAUAACGGUCAAGUAUGACGGUGGAAAGAAGGAAAUGGCAGCUUCCAUCACCCCUAUCGCAGAAUCACCUAUGAAGGUGGCGGAUGUCUUGCGUUUUCUGAUUCCUGGCGUCGACAGUCCGCUUCACUCAGCAUUAGCCAGCCUGGAAAUCAAGAUUGUAGAGAUGUCUCUGGAUGUCAGGACAGGCUCCCCGUCUUCAUUCAAGCUAGAAAUGAAGAAGGAUGCAACUCUCCAACUUCCCUCAGCGGCAGACACAGAUACCUUUACUGUGGGCUCUAUCACAGUAGAGUAUAGCAAAGUGGCGAACAAGCUCGAUAUCUUUGCUGCGUUUUCAAUUGGAGGUAUUGAAACAAAUAUCAGCCUUGGUGCCUUCACAAACUCAACGACCAAAGAGCGUUCUGUCGAAUUCGAAAUCACGUUACAGAAGGGCCAGAGAAAACUCGGCCUCAUGACUCUCCUCGCCGCAGUAGGAAUCAACGACGUUGAGAUACCGCGACCAGAAGGAUGCCCGGAAUUUACCACUGGCAUGGCCAGCAUCAAUGGAAAGUUUGUUGAUAAGGAUAAAAUAGGCCUCAAGUUUGCAGAGCUGGCCGUGCAUGUUGAGAUGGCCAGUGUUACUCUGUCUGAUUGGGAUAUGUCUAUGGACUACAUCUACGUUGACGUUGACUAUAACAAGGCACGCAUUGAGAAGCCUUUCUCAGUCUUGGUUUCGAGCAAAUUCAUAAUUGCUGGUUCUGCAGAGAUGAUGAUCAACUACGCUGAUGAUAAGGAUGCAUUGGAGCUGGAUGCCAAACUGCGUCACGCCAAGGAGGGGGAGGAACUCAAGAUCAAGUCUAUUUUGGAGUGGCUAGCUGGCGAAUCGAUCGAAGACGCUUUACCCACCUUCGUUUCGGAGGCAGCGAUUAAUCUCGAGAACUCAAAGUUUGGAAUGUCUCUGAGUCGCCACAAAGGGGAGGGAAAUUCCGUCAUCGCUGUCUCGUUGAGCAUCACCUUGGGGUCUGUUACUCUGCAACUUGCAAGAACCAGGACUCGACCACAUGAUGCAAAGAAAGAGGAUAAACUGCCAUGGAAGACGAUACUCAGACUUGCAGUCAAUACCCUUCCGCGACCACCUCCAUUGCCACUUAUCGGUCAGAUGGAACAGCCAUUUUCUACUCAGAUAUACUGGACCAACAGUGACAUCUCGCUUGGGGAGGUUGAUAAGUUGAAUAGUCUCGCUACUUUCAAGGAUCAUCAACUCCUCCAGUCAACCCGUGCUACGGCAGCUUCCGCUUUUGGAAAUGGCCUAUCAUUCAUGCUGCUUGAAAAUGGAGAUGUCAUACUUGCUUCAAAACCCAGGAAGAGCAGGAAGAAGGACGACCCUUCAGGCAAGAUGAUGGCGAUUUCGGAGGAAGAAGAGAACCCGGAGGCCCCGGAGAUGAAGAAAGUCGACAAGAGAGUCAAUGGUGUCAACAUCACAAACAUUGGCCUCCAAUAUGAUGCCAAGCGACAAAGAAUCAAAGUCAAGUUCACGGCACGUAUGACUGUUGGGCCUUUCGAUGGGGAGCUGAUCAACUUCAGCAUGUCCGUCAAUCUACCACGUGGAGAAAAAAUAGACUUGGGCGAUUGGAAGAAUCUCGACAUCGAUAUGGGUCUCGAUGGACUAUCUCUUGCCAUGACCGGGUCCAACCUCAAUGUCGCUGGGACCUUGCACCGCAUCAAGGUCGAAGAGGAGGACAUCUCCAUUACAGGAUUCGAGGGUGGUGUCAGCGUCAAGCUCAAGAAGUACCAAUUCGUCGGGUUUGGCUCUUACAAGAACGUCAAGAGGCAGCAGGAAGAGUUUGUCUCUCUCAUGGCCUACGCGAUGCUUGAUGGGCCCAUGGUCAAGACAGGUCUUGUUGAACUCUCGGGCAUCAGCGGCGGCUUUGGAUUCGGUUCGAAGCUCGAGAUACCAUCUAUCACUGACAUUCACAAGUUCCCGUUGCUUGUAUCCCCCGAUGUCGAUCCGAUGAUAAUGUUUGAGAGGCUUCGAGGGACAGGAGACACAAAGUACAUGACCGAGACAAAUGGUGCAAACUGGGUUGCAGCUGGUGUCACCGGCACGGCUUGUGAACUCAUCGCCGUCAAAGCUGUCUUGACUAUCCCACUUGAUCCUAGUGCCGGUGAGCUGGCUAUCGUGGGUAUAGCGUCGGCUCAGUUCCCCCGCGAUGCAAAGCCCGGUAAGGCACUUGCAGCCAUCAGGAUCAAUUUCCAAGGCAGCAUCGAUAUAUCGCGAGGCUUCAUGCUUUUUGAGGGAAGGAUUGCUGAUGGCUCGUUCAUCUUAUUCGAUGACUGUGUCCUUUCAGGAGGAUUUGCUGUCGGGGCGUGGUUCGGCCCGAGUCCCCAGGCUGGAGAUUGGUGCAUCACCAUGGGAGGCUGGCACCCCAAGUUUCAAGCUCCAAGUCACUAUCCAUCCGCCCCUCCUCGAAUGAGACUCCAGUGGAGUUACGGGGACACUAAGUAUCUUACCCUCGACGGCCAGGCUUAUGCAGCCGUGACUCCCGAUGCUAUCAUGGCAGGAUUGGCAGUGCAAGUCAAGUUCGAAAAGUGGUCGUGCGGUGCUAACUUCGACUUCCGUACUGACCUUAUCCUUUGGCUGCAUCCCCUUCACUAUGAUGUUUACUUUCAUGUAUCCGCAAGUCUGUGGUACGAGGUUGAUGCCUGGAUUGCACGCAAGAAGCUUCACAUUUCCAUGGGUGCCGACUUGUAUAUCACCGGACCGCCAUUUGCUGGCACAGUCGAGUUCGACGUAAGCGUUAUGGUCAUCAAAGUCAAGUUUGGUGAUCAUAGAGCCGAGGACGAUGUGCUGAAGUUUGAUGAAUUCAUGUCAGUCGUACUCAGGAACGACAAAAUCAGCCAUGUCUUCUCACUUGAAUCUGGAGGUAUAGUCCCGACACAAGCUCCGACACAGGCACAGACUCCAGACUCUACUUGGAUAGUUCGUGGAGGGACGUUUGCGUUUAGUAUUGCCUCUCGAAUGCCUACGACCAGGAUAGAAUUUACUGGGGCAAAGGAUCAUGAUAGAAAGACUGGUAAGACGAUUUUCGCUCGACCUAUGCAGCUUCCUGCAACUUCAGCCGGUCUCAAAGCCAAUAUGGAUGUUUCUGUCACCAAUAGCAGCGGAUCUUCGGUGCACGGCUUCACCUUCGAGAUCAUAUACGAGCAGCUACCUAAGUCACUAUGGGGCCCGUUCAACAGCAAUCCCAAUAACAUGCUGUAUGGAGCUUCCGAGAGCACAGUGACGCAUGCAACGGGGCUGAGUAUCCAGGCUCCAAUGGCUCGAUGGUCGAGCAAUAACCCUCGAGUCAUACAGUUCAGCAAAGUCGGGCGGUCGGAGCCUGUCCAUUCUUCCUUCAAAAAUGACCCAACUCGAGAUAAUGGCCUGGACGCAACACCGAGAACGAGCGGAGAAAAUCCGGAAGCGCAAUUCUACAACGCUAGAGAGGCACUUAUGGGAAGUGGUGAACGAGAGGAGGAGCUAGAGGCUGUCAAGAAACGAAACGCUCGGAGGUCAUAUAUUGUCGGUCAAUGGAUGGCUAUCCGGAAGCUCAAGACCUCGGCUAGUCUCAGGAGUGGCGUACCUUUCAGAUACGCCAAAGACUUGGCUCACUUCUCACAUGUUGCUCCGAGAAUUUCACUAGAAUAG